CUCGCGCCAGAAACAUCCGUCAGAGCUGGUGCUCGGUGCUCGUUCCCGAGAGCCGGAUUUCACAAAACGCGUGUGUUCCUAUUUCGAGACUUUAGGACGUCUUCGUCUUGUUUUUUUUCUUGCCGUCAAUGAGGUCGAUGGAGAGUGCCGGACGUGACGUACGAGUGAGUGCUGUGAGACUCCAGUCAGUGCGACGGCGUUCGUGAUUACGACGGUAGGUUGGAUUGGUUAAAUUGAUUGACGUAUGAUCAUCUGGUACACCUUGACGAAAGUCUCAAUGCUCCGAUGUAUUACAAUAUACUCAAUAUAUCAAGGGCAAUAAACAAGAGUGUAUAUAGUGAAAAGUGGCACAAGCCUAGAUAUAUUCGUAGCAAUCAUUGUGGCAAAAGUACAAUGAUGUAAAGUUUUAACGGUAUUUAUAUUUCUAGUAUCGCAUAUUUCUAAUAUCGAGGUGCAAAUAUAAUGCGCUGAGUCUGAUUGUAUUCAUGUACAUAUCGCAAGUGUAUAUUAAUACAAAUAAUUCCCUUCCAAGAGAUGGAAUGUCAGAAAUACAUAUAUAAUGAACAUUCAGCAUUAUUAUAGUUAUAAUAUCUGAUGGGAAUUGAAAGUAUAAAGAAAGCAUGAAAUGCAACAUUGAAAACAUAAUUCUAUGUUUAUGAAAAAUGCUAGGAAGGUUUAUCCUAAAAUGAAGGUGAUUUAGAAGCAGGAAAGACGAGUUCGCGAAUUAAUUGUCUUGGUGAUGCGUGAUACUUUAGGAACUGGUGCAACAAGAAAAGACAUUGAUGAACUAUGAUGUGAAUACCUCUCUAGAACGAGAAACUAGUGUGUCGCAGUGAUAAAUUGACAAUGUUUAUCCGAAGUAAAUACAUCUGGAAGUCUCUCCUAAUUCAUUAAAUUAUUUCAUCAUCUAAACUUAAACGUACCGUGCAUUCUUUUCCAUACAUAUAUAUCACAUAGCAUGUUCUUGGACAGUUUACUUUAGAAUAAUAAUCAAAUAGACACUUAAUCAGUGGCAUCAUCGACGGAGAUCAUUCGAUCGAUCCGAGAUAGACGGCCUCAAGGUGGCCGCGACGAUGCGGCGGAUCUAAUUCGGACGAAUUCAGGAAACGCAGACGCGUCACGUUGGUUCCAUCACAGUGGGUUGUCCACCAAGGAAGCGUACGAUAAUCGUACGAUGAUGCCGCUCGCGCCGACGCCAAUCGUCCCGGUGCCGUCAAAGCCGAAGAUCGGCUUCAGCAUCGACUCGAUCGUCGGCGGCGGCGGACAGGGUGACCGUGAGGCGGACCGUUUGGACCGACUGGAGCGAAACCGAGGAUUGCUCGAGAUCGUCGAGCGCGACGAUGGCAGCCCGAUGGAGAUAGAGGGCUCGUCGUCGCCGCGGGCGCGCCGGAUCGCCGCGAGAUCACCCGGUGUUCAUUCCGAGGGCUCGGACCGGCCCGUCUCCAGAAGUUCCUCCGUCGAGUCGUAUCCAAACUCGCGACGGACGCCGUCGCACGCAACCGGGGGCGGCGGGAGUGGGGGCGGCGGCGGUCACCAUCAUCAUCAUCAUGGUACCAAUCAUCACGGUCAUCCGCAUCCGCACCAUCACCACAAUCUAUCGGCGACGCAUCUGGACUUCCGCGACCUCCGGACGACCGUGCACAGUCACAGCGACGCCUCCAGCCCGAACAACAGUCCCAGUCCGCCGCACAGGAUACCGCACGGGGACUCACCGGUCGGUACGCACCCCCAACCACCCCCUGGGGUGGUCAGGCCUAGCCCCAACUACCUCGCGCCGCCGCCCAGCGCCGCGACUGCCGCCGCCGUGGCUGCCGAGCAGCUGAAGACUUUGUACGGUUUACCCGGCCACGGUCCAGCGAAUCCGCAGACCGGCCAGAACGAAUAUCACACGCAGCAGCUGGCCCUGGCCGCGAAUUUAGCCGCGGCCCAGCACUUCCAGGCGGCGAAUCUCGCGGUGGCGCUCCAGGCGCAUCACGGCGCGUCACCUCACGCACCCCCGCACGGGCCCUACCCGCACGGUGGUGCCCCUGGCGGGCCUCAUCCACCACCUCACCCCCAUCAACCACCCAGAGAUAGCUACCCUCUGUAUCCUUGGUUGCUCUCGAGGCACGGAAGAAUCUUUCCGCACAGAUUUCCCGGAGGUCCUGACAUACCCGGUUUCCUGCUUCAACCCUUCAGAAAACCGAAGAGAAUAAGGACAGCCUUCAGUCCCAGUCAACUGCUGAAGCUGGAACACGCCUUUGAGAAAAAUCACUACGUCGUCGGCGCGGAAAGGAAGCAGUUGGCGCAGACGUUGUCGUUGACGGAAACGCAGGUAAAAGUGUGGUUCCAAAACCGCAGAACGAAACACAAGCGGAUGCAGCAAGAGGAAGAGGCGAAGGCUCAACAACAAUCGGGUGGUGGAGGUAACGGCGGCAGCGGGGGUGGCAACGGCAAUUCCAACAACAAUAGCAACAACAAAAACACUCAUCACGUCAGCAAAUGGCAGCAGGAGACCGGCGACUAUCAUCACGAGGAGGAUGAGGAAGAGGAGCACAUCGACCCGGAAGCUGAAGAAUGCUCGAGCAGUUCCGAAGCGUAGCUAGACGUUCUCUGUCUGGAUUAAGAUCCAGGAUCCAGCAGAGUAUCCUGAGUGGACUCGAAUAGAGUCCGAACAAGGUAGGAGCUAGCCAACUUGGAUCUCCUCAAUCGAGUUCCGGCUGUGUAUCGAGGAAUCGGGCUUCACUUCCAACAGGGCUAUUGGUGUUGCGAUACGACUCUGUUAACGUUCGGGGCAAGAGGUUAACAGUAGUGAAUGAAUUCCCACGAGUGGUUCCGUUGAGAUCGUUGUGCGAUCUCGCUUGGGUCACGGCCGAGACUUACGAGUAUGAUCUCAAAAAGCGAAAAUCGGCAGUGGAAGGUCUCGGAGAUCGUUUAAAAACAACGAUAUUCAUCAUACUUUGACUGGAGGCUGACACGAAUUUAAGAAUGAUCGACGAGAGUUCUCAAGAGCCUUUUUAUCAGCAAAAGCGUCGACUUCUGUUUCGAACUUGCCAAAUUAAUCGACGAGCUAAAUACAUAGCAGUAUUAGUCUCAUUAUUGAUUUUCUUAAACGUACAUUUUGAUAUGUAAAAAAAUUUAUCAAUUCAUUUGGAAAACAAUGUCACUCUCAUUCUUUUUUACAAUCGUCAUUAUUGAACACUAAUUUUACACAUUUAAUAUGAAAAAGGAAGAUCGAUAAUGGGAACUUAAUAUUGCAUGUUUACCGUCGAUGGGCAAUGCUAGGAAACAAGCAUGUUUUCUUCUUCUUUUCCUUCGUCUCUCAAAGUCUCAGCAUAUAAUUUCUUAGCAUCUUCAUUCCGCGUCGUUGUCGAAGGGAACAGUCAUGAACGAUCCGUAAAUAUCCUCGAGAGGAUAAGGCGUUCUCCGGCUAGACUACCUUACAACGAGUCCGGAAAAAAGCCUGUGGAGAAAUCGAAGGCGUCCAUCGGAAACCAGCUAAUGGAGGUAUUGUCUGCGAGAGACGAAACUAAAUGGACGCGUUUCCGGCGGAAAGCGACGGAUGGUGGAUGUAUCGGGAAUAAUCGAGACGAUUCGGCGAUCAUUUUUUGGCUGUCUGCUCUGCAGAUUUUUGUUUCAGUUUUAGCGAUAAAAUUAAACGGUGAAACCAUUCAAUGUUAUCCUUUUCUUUUACGGAUUUUACAAUUUGUUAGAAAGUUGCUCGUGAUUCAUCCAGAUUCGUCGAUCGCCACCGAUGCGCUUCGUUUAUCACCCUUAUCUUGCCAUAAAAAAUUCGCCAUAAACUCACUUUCAGACGGUGUAAAUAAAGUAUAGGAGAAUGGAGUCUUUUAGUGGAAGCAUCCUGGCGUUUCUCGUUAUUUUUUUUUUUUACAGACGCGAGUGUAAAUA